GCCCAGGCGCCCGGCAGCGUAGCGGGGGCCGCGCCUUCAGCAGGUUCAAGCAGCUGGAGCGCAGGGCGGGCUUUGCCGGCCUCGCGUUCGAGGUGCCGGGCGGGCGGCAGAGGACCGGGGAGCCGGCGGCUGGGCCUUUACCGAGAGGCUCCUGAUGUGGUGUGUUGAUUGAAGAACUGAGCUCUGGUAUUUAGAUCUGACAUGUCGUCAUCAGAUAUACCCAAAGAACGCAGUAGACAACGUGUUCAAAAACCACUUGAAGCUUGGCACAUGCAAAAUGAUGUGUAUAGCUAUGACACUAGUUUGGAAAUGAAUGAAAAAAAAGACCUUCUGAAAGACUAUGACAAUGGAUUAUCCAAAUCUAAUCAUAAUACGGUUCUUAAAAAUGAUCUCAGUAACAUUUUACUGCUAUUGUUCCUCUAUGUCUUGCAGGGAAUUCCACUUGGUGUGGCUGGGAGCAUCCCACUAAUACUGCAGAGCAAAAAUGUUAGUUACUCAGACCAAGCUAUUUACAGCUUUGUAUUUUGGCCCUUCAGUCUGAAACUGCUAUGGGCACCCUUAGUGGAUGCUGCAUAUUUUCCAAACUUUGGGCGGAGAAAGUCUUGGCUGGUGCCAACUCAGUAUUUUCUGGGGCUUUUUAUGCUUUUUCUGUCAUUUGAAGUGGAUGAAUUACUGAAAAGCGAUGAACAUACUAGCCCCAAUAUUGUUAAACUUACAGCUGUUUUUUUUAUGUUUGGAUUCCUGGCUGCUACGCAGGAUAUAGCAGUGGAUGGUUGGGCAUUAACUAUGUUGUCCAAAGAAAAUGUGGGACUUGCUUCUACUUGCAAUUCUGUUGGACAGACAGCAGGGUACUUUCUGGGUAAUGUACUCUUUUUGGCACUGGAAUCAGCAGAGUUCUGCAACAAAUAUAUCCGCAUGCAAUCUCAACCAACUGGAAUUGUUACGCUAGCAGAUUUUCUGUUUUUCUGGGGGAUAGUUUUCCUGGUGACAACAACUUUGGUUAUGGUCCUUAAAAAGGAAAACAAUGGACAAACGCCGUUGCAUCAUAUUGCUCAGCAAGGAAUCAAGGAAACUUACAAGUCGCUCAUCUGUAUAAUAAGGAUGCCUGCUAUCUUAAAUUUCUGCAUCCUUCUGCUAACAUCAAAAAUUGGUUUCUCAGCUGCUGAUGAAGUGACUGGACUGAAGUUGAUUGAAAUGGGUGUGCCUAAGGAGCAGUUGGCUAUACUCGCAGUACCCAUGGUUCCUCUGCAGAUUUUGCUACCACUUGCAAUAAGUAAAUAUACAGCAGGCCAUAAGCCACUGAAUGUUUUUUAUUGGGCAAUGCCAUUCAGGUUAGGAAUGGGUAUAAUAUUUGCUCUCUUAGUUUUUUGGACUCCUAUGGUUAAAGAGGGUACAGAGUUUCCUGUGUAUUAUUAUGGAGUCCUGCUGUUCAGUUAUGCCUUGCAUCAGGUGGCUGUCUAUAGCAUGUAUGUUGCUAUUAUGGCAUUUAAUGCUAAGAUUAGUGAUCCUUCGAUUGGAGGAACAUACAUGACUUUAUUGAAUACCAUCUCUAAUCUUGCUGGAAACUGGCCAGCUACUUUAGCUCUUUGGUUGGUGGAUCCACUCACUGUCAAGAAGUGUUUAGGUGUACCUGAACGAAGUUGUAGAUCAGCAGUAGAUUCUGAGCUUUGUGUUAAAUCUGGUGGUUCUUGUUCAACUAUAACUGAUGGUUACUAUGUAGAAGCUAUAUUCUGCAUUCUUUUUGGAUUUGCAUGGUGGCUCCGGUAUGGAAACAAAUUCAAAAAUCUGCAGGAUGAGCAUCCAUCCACGUGGCAGUGCAAGAGGAAUAAUUGAGGUUAUAAUGAAUGGAACUUUGCGGAGUUUUACGAAAUUUGGAUCCCUUGACCAAUUCUCAAGGGAAUAGUGUAAAAAAAAGUAUUUUAUCAGUUUUAUAAUGUUUAUUUUGAGUAUAACAAAUGGUUGCCCUAUGCUACAGUUGGUGAUAGUAUGUAUAGCGCUAAUUUUAAUUAGGCUUUUUUUGCUUAGAGUUAAAAAAUUAUCUCGAACAUGUUGUGCAACAACAUUCACCACAUAGAUAGUGAUCAAGUUGCAUUAUUUCAGGUGUCAUGUAAGAUAAAUUUAAAAAGUGGCUCUAAACCAAAUUGCAUGCCUGUUAAGAGAAAUUGGGUGAUACACUUUGCAAGCUUACUGCCCCUCCACUGAAAGUGAGAAUCAUUUCUGUUUCACAGAGUAAUUAUUUAAGAGCACAUUUGGUCAAGUAAAUCCAGUAAUUAUACUAUUUAAUUGCAACAAUGGCUAAAUUUUGAAUUGCAAAUUAAUACAAACACUUACGGUCUAUUUACAUUAAAGAUACUAUUGUGUUAAAUGUUUACCCUCACACAAUAUUGCAGUAGUAUAUCAGUGAAACUCUAGCACACAAUCUGGGUUUAACCUGAUAGUGGAGUAAAGUGGAGAGACUCCUUCCUCUAAGAGUGAUUCUAGAUUAAAAUCACCAUGUUUUGAUGCUUGUAUCAUACAUACCCUCUUUAAUUUUGUUUCUCCCCCUUUGGGGGAAGAUGUCAAUUCAGCAAGAUAAUAAAGUGCCACAGCUAUUUCAACUAAUUUGAAUUUUAUAAUACGAAAUAAACUGGGGCAAAUUUGGAUGACAUCGGAGCAUCAUAGAAUAGGAAAAGAAAAUGCAAUAGACGUUCAGCAGGUCACACAGCAUCUGUGAAAAGAGAAAGUCCUUUGUCUGACAAAUAUCUAAGAAGCAAAAUAAAAGCUUAUAAAUUGUAUACUGAAUGGAUUCCAUUGAAAAAGGCUACAUCUGUCUAUAGUCCUUCUGGUUAUUUUAAUUUCCGUAAAGCCAUUUUUAAUACAAUUCAAAUGAAGACAAGAUUGCAACAGUGAAUCACCCUUAUUCUUUUAACUAAAGCAACUGUGAUAUCAUUAGUGGUAAUCAAUUCAAUCCAAAGAUUGUAAUUCAACUACCUGUCCAGGAUUUGAACACCAUUAUCUAGACUAAUACUUGCUUGCAACAGUGGAGAUACCAUCUUUUACAUGAGAUGUUAAACCAAGAUACCAUCCACUUUUUAGGUGGUUAUAGGUGAUUGGGAUCAUUUGAAGUAGAGUUUGAAGUUCUGAUGUUCAAGGCAACAUUCUUUCUUCAUCAAGAGCUCCAUUGAAAAGAUGAAGUGUUCAUUCAACAUAUUGGCUGUUUAUGGAAUAUUCCCAUGUUAAAAUUAGCUCCUUUAUUUGGUAACAUAAAUGAAAAUAAUUAUUAAAUAUGAAUUGUUUUGUGGCAUUCUGAUAUGAUGAAACAUUAUUUAAAUCCAAGUUAUAUUUUUGAAAACUUUACGCAAGCAUGACAGCAGAAAUAUUUGGCCAUCAGUUUAAUAUGAAACUUAGUGACAGUAACCUACUUGUAUUUAAAAGACCUUUUGAAUGAUUUAUGAUGAUUUCCACAUUGUGAUUUGCUUUACUUAAAUUAUAAAAACAAAUCUUAAAACUUGAAUUAUUCUAUUCAUUAAUCUGAUUUGCAUUUUGUUCUAGCUAUCAUCACAUCUGGUUUAUAAUUUUAAAUUUUUGUAAUUUUUAUACUGUAACUUAAACUCUCCUAUAGUCUGCAAUAGUUAUUGCUCCAAGGAGAAUUUCAGUGUUAAAUAACAUGGAUUUGAAAUUAAUAUCUACAUGGCUCCAGAUGGUGUAUUACUUUCCCAAAGUCACUCAAAGUUCUUUAUGGAAGGAGAAACCCUCUCCUUUUGUUACCAAUCUCCAUUUUGUUGGUGAAAUUUCAAUCAUCCAAAACAGAUAUACAGUAAUCUUGUGCAUAUUUUAUGGGACUGAAUUGGGUUUCAGUCUCUCCCAAAUCCUAUAUUUGGAAAACCUGUUUACCCAGAACUGAGCUGACUGCAAAUUGUGAAUAUUGAGUUUAUUUAUCAUGUACUAAAUAAUCUAUGAUGCAUUGACAUAUUUAGUUGUCUCAAUAGUUUAAGUACUUUUCUUUUGAAUUCUAGUAGUUUGUACUUGAUUUUGAAAGUUAGUUAACAAAGUCUAACCUUCACAACCAAUUAUAGGCAAACUGUGAGAAACUUACAAAGUUUUUCCAGGUUAAAUUCAUUUGAUGUUCUUUAAAUAUAAAGACUAUUGUGUGUGAAAGCAGUGACUAAUAGCCAAACGUCUCCAUAUCCUGAUUUCAAAUUUAAGUUGUGUUAUGAAAAUAGAUUGACCACAUUAAGUUAUCAUUGGUUUUGGUUUAUUAUUGUCACUUGUACUGAGGUACAGUGAAAACUUGUCUUGCAUACCAAUCGUACAAGUCAAUUCAUUACACGGUGCAGUUACAUUGAGUUAGUACAGAGUGCAUUGAUGGUAGUACAGGUUAAAAACAAUAACAGUACAGAGUAAAGUGUCACAGCAACAGAGAAAGUGCAGUGCAAUAAGGUGCAAGGUCACAAGAAGGUAGAUCGUGAGGUCAUAGUCCAUCUCAUUGUAUAAGGGAACCGUUCAAUAGUCUUAUCACCGUGGGGUAGAAGUUGUCCUUAAGUCUGGUGGUACAUGCCCUCAGGCUCCUGUAUCUUCUACCCAAUGGAAGAGGAGAGAAGAGAGAAUGACCUGGGUGCGUGGGGUCUUUGAUUAUGCUGGCUGCUCAUUGAGCUAUAGAAUUAUAUAGCCCUGAAAACAAGCCCUUUGGCUUUUGGGCUGUGCUGACCCAGCUCAUUAAUUCCAUUUUUAUUUGUGUCAACUUCUAUGCCCCCUCCCACCCAAUUCUCUUGCUAAUUACCUACACUUAGGGCAAUUUACAGUUGCCAAUUAAUCUACUAAUUUUGGUAUGUGGGAGGAAACCAGAGCACCUAGAGGAAGACCAUAUUGUCACAGGAAAAUCAUGCAAACAGACAACACCCAAGGCCAGGAUUGAUGCCUGUUUCUGGACCCAAGUGGCAGCAAUGUUAGCCACCUGGCUGGGUCAUUUCAAAAUUUAACAACUGCCUGAGAAUGAAUAUCAGUUUUUCACUUUGCUCACUGAUGUGAGAUCUUCCUUCCAUUAAAUUAAGUAGAUGGCAGAUUGAGGGAAGUUUAGCACAGAAUCAUUUGUGUUUUUGAGUUUCAAGGAAAAGGUUAAAUUGGUUGUGAAGGAAAACAAAUCUGAAAUUUUCAGCAAGAUCUUCUAAUUCCAAACAAUUCCCCAGCCUCAAAUCACUAUCAAUUCUACUUGGGUUGUGACUUGUUUUGUCUUUAGCUCUUGAAAAAUAUCAAUCCUAGGAAUUUUUGUGAUCAGAAACAAAUAUAUUUGUCUAACCAUGCAAGAAAUAUAUACUUGUCUCUGCUCCAUUUUCACCACAUUUAAAACAUUUUUAUGUUGUGAAGUAUUGGAGAAUAAGUAUUUGAUUUGUCCAUUAGCAGAAAAGAUACUUAUGUUUAUUUUUAUAAACUGAUCUUAGUUUUUAAGCAAUUUUUAUUUAAUUAUGAAGUGUUUAUUUUAUCCUUAUUUCUGACCAUCUCUUUCUGUGCAGUUACUGGCAAAAAAAAUUCAUGUUUUCAAAUUUCUGGUUCACUAAUUAAUGAAUAGCAGGCAAGGCAGGAAGUUUUAAAAUGAUUUUAUCAUGAUUUUACCAUUGGCACAGUCAGGCUUGUAUAGGUUUCAUACUUGUAGAUGUUAGAACAUAGAGGAAUCCUUGAAAAUGCAGCCGCCAGAUUAAAUUUAGUGUGUUCAGUAACACAAUAUUUUAUGCUGUAUUCAGUUAUUAAUUCACUGGCAUCUUCUUCUCCUUAGGCGGUCCCAUGGGAUUGAGGAUGCCUUGCUUCCACUCAGGUUUUGUGGGUUCUGAGGUGACUGAUGAGUCAAUGUGGGAUCCUGACUCUUCCACAGAUGGGGCAGGAAGUGCCUGACAGGUGGGCAGUUUGUGAGGUGCUGCACUCUGUCAUUUACGCAGGGCUUCUGUGUGCUUUCAAUGCAUGAAUUUGAGGCGCUCAAUACCGUCUUAAAUGUUCCUUCUCCACUUUGAGCAGUCAUGGGCCAAGAAUUCCCAAGAGUCGAUAGAGAUGUUACAUUUUCUCAAGAGACUUUGAGCACAGCCUUGAAUCUUUUUCUGUGUGCCUAAUAGUCUCUUCCAUGACAGAGCUCUGAAUAGUGUCUGUUUUGGGGAUCUAUUAUUGGAUAUGCAAAUGAGGUGGUCUGCUCAGAGGCGCAGACUGAGUGUAAUUAAGGAUUCAAUGCUGUGAAUGCUGGCCUGGAAGAGGAUGCUAACAUUGGUUUGCUAAACCUUCCAGGAUUUUGUAGAGACAGUAGUGGUGAUACCUUUCAAAUGCCUUGAGAGAUCUCUUAUAUGUAGUCCAGAUUAUCAGAAGCAGAGAGGAGGGCAGGGAUCACAGCUGCCUAGCAGAUCAUAAGUUUUGUGCUACGUCUGAGGUUUUUAUCAUCAAGCACCCUUUUCCUCAGGGACCAAAGGCUGUGUUACUAUGAUAACAUUCACUGUAUUGAAGACUAGUGAAUUUCAUUAUCAAUGUCUACCUUCACCAAAUGGUAGCUGCCAAGAAUAUGGGAAGUGGUCCACGUUUACCUGUUUGUUGGGGAGCAGUAUUGUGCAGAGGGGGCAGGUUGGUAGAGAACCUUUGUCAUUUAGGUGUUGAGCACAAGGCUCAUACCAAUUAGCAUGAAAACCUUAUCUUUUCCACUCAAGCCUGCCAAUAUGAAUCUAUCAAUUUGGUGUUGUACACUGCUUCAUCAUUUCAUUCAUUUAUUAGAAGUUGCUUGGUAAUGUGCCUGCUAUUCUAAUUUAUGAAUUUACCAGGGUAUUCUGCUAGUUUUUUAUUUACUAGUUAAAUUAACUUAUUACUUUAUUAGUACACAUUUCAAUAUUUUAUAUGCUGGUCCCUGUUCCAUUAAUUGCUGGUGCUUGCUUCUAUACUAAUUUUUUGAACCAGUGAUGAUCAUGAAUAACUAGUUCUGCAGUGGUCUUCACUAACUUUUUUAUUUUGAAUGAUUAAUGCAUGUAUUUGUUUUAAUGUGCUGAAGUUAGUGCAAUUGUGAAAUGCCUGACAAAACCAGUAGUGUAUUAUAACUUAAAUUCUCCAGUUAAUUUUAAAUUAAUUAAAAUGAAGUAGUUUCCUGAUGAGUACAUCAUCUAUGAGUCAAAAAUGUCUUGUAUCGUGGCAAGUAUCCAUAGAAUAUCUAUAGUAUCCAAUGUAUCUACAGCAACUGUCAACUACAGCAAGUAUCUACAGCAACUGUCCAACAGUGGUGGCAGUACCUCCACUACCCACAACUUCCAUUAGCCAGAAUGAGAAGGGCAGUUGAUACAUGGUAUCAUAACUACCUCCAAGUUUCUCUCCUUCCUCGUUGCUGCAAUAACAUACUACUUUCAAGGGAACAUCUUCACCAGGACAACACGAAGGUGCCUUAAAAGGACCGCUAAGACACAACAAUAAUUGAUGGCCUUGACAUUAUCAUCACAUCCAUCUCAAGAAUGAAUUAAAAAAAUGUCUAUAAGUAUUUAAUUUGCUGCACUUUUAUAGCUGGUAUUAUUAAGAAAUGAUUUUUUUAAUGACCUGGAUGAGAAUUUUUUUAAAAACAUUUCCCUCAGUUAUUUGUUUCUCCUUUGCUGGUCUAACUGCUUUUGUGGAGAUUGUAUUUUUUCCUGCGCUUUUCCUUGCCAUUUCUUGAAGAAAAUUCUUCUUACUCCACUUCAUAAUGCCUUAUUCACUAAACAUUGUUGUACUUAAAUUUAUAAGCUAUCUUGAUAUGUAUAUAUCUUGUGUCCUCAUUCAUAUCCAUUUAAAGGUUUGUGUUAAAUUGAGUUUUUAGAUUCUCUUCCGCUUCUUAAUUUUUGUUCUGUCAUUUACUUGAAAUAAUGGUUUAAUCAUAUUUGGAUUGUUGCUUCUUUUCUUGCACCUUUCACCAUUAUCAUAUCAAGGUAUGAAGUCCCUCUUCUGGUGUCCCCAACUUGAAAUCAGAAAGCAAUAAAAUUUGACCAG